AUGAAUUUGAGAAAAUUUUCCAAAUUAUCAUAUUUUCAAGCCAAAAGUUUAAAGCCAUAGAAUUAGUAAAACAAAGUUGUAUAAUCCAAAAAUAUUAAGCCUAUUUAUGGAAAUGAAAAAAAAAAUUUGAAAGAAUAGUUUGAAUAAAAUUAAAGUAAUCAUUAAACAUUGAUUAAUUAAGAAACAAAUGAGAUAACUGUUUCUGAUUUUGAAACAUCUACUCAUAUGGAAAAAAAAUGUAAAAUUUACAUAAUUAAAGUAAUUAGCAAUCCAAGGACAAAUAAAAAACAUUUUUCACCAAUCUUUAGAACAAACAAUAUUAUUAUUGAUCCAAAUUCAACUAAAUUCUAAUUAUCUUUAUCUAGAGAAAAAUUAUUAAGUAAUGAUGUUAUAAGUUUAUGGGAUUCAAAUAAAAGAGGAAAUAAAUAAUCUUCCAAUAACUUUUAAAUAGAAGAAAAAUAAACAUUUAUAUGCAAAGGUUCAAAGUAAAAAUUAGAUAAAGGUAUCAAAUUAUAAAAAGAAUUGGAUGAAUUCCUUAAAUUUAGGCAUUAAAAUAUAUAAACUUCAUUUGAUUCUUCAAAAUUAAAAAAAUUAGAAAAAAGAAAACUCAAAACAAAAAUUAGUAUUGAAUAUCAAAUUGAUUAAAGCAUUAAUAAAUAAAAUAAUGAAAAAGCAUGCUAAUUUAAUAACAUGAAUACUCAAAAUUAAGACUUACAUACUCAAUUAAAUAAUUCAUAAGACUAGAAAGAAAAAUCAAAAAAUAGUAGUUCUAUCAAAAGCAAUCCUUUAAUUCCAAUACAUAUUAGAUAUUAAUAUGAAAAAGAAUAUAAGGAAGCUAAAUAAAAAUCAAAUGAAAAGAUAAAUGAAUAAUAAUUUAUACAAAGUAUCACAUUAUAUUUAUUGUAGAAAAAAAAGUAAGUAAGGACCAAAUAGAAGAAUUUUUUAAAGAAUAAUAAAAAUUUAUUAAAAAGAGAGCAGAUUUUUUUGAAAAGGAAUUUGAGAAAAAACUUUGGGAAGCUUCUUAACAUGAAAGUGAAUUUAUUUAUAAACCUGUUCUUAAUGAAUAAUCAAGUCGAGUAAUUUUAACAAAUAUGUAUUUAGAUUUUAGAAAAGAAAUUAAAAGGUAAAAAAUUUGAUUAGAGAAUAGAAUAAUUCUAAUAAAAUAGAUAAAAUAAAAUAGAUGAAUAAAUUUAAAAUAUGAAACCUUCUUUUACACCAACAAUAAGUAAAAAGUCAAGAUAAGUAAUAAUAUAAUAUAAUAAUUAUAGCUUAUGGAAAAUCCUAAAUAAAGACUUACAUCUUAAAAUGAAAAUGGAUUUUAAUAAUAUAAUUAAAAAGCAAAGACUUUAGAAUGA